AUGAAAAACAAAACGUCCCGAAAAAGCGUCAAGUUCCAGACGCAGGCCGACGACAAUGAAGGCGGGGAAUUGAACGCAGAACUUGUGGUUCCCCAAAUCAGAAAAUCCGUCCUUGCCCUUCCGGUCCAGCUUCCGCUAGUGCUCUAUGGCAUGUUUCUCCAAGGCCUCACCACAGACGCAUUUUCCACCAUGGUAAAAGGCUUGGCCAACUUGGUUUUGGUCCAGCUUGUGUACGGCUACUUGCUUGCCACGGUGUUGGCGGGCGAUCCCAAAAAGAAGAAGGAGAAAAACCUGACCAACAUCCCGCUUUUGGUUCUUUCCGCCACUGCUGCCGCUGGCGUGCUUGCAAACGGCCUUUUUGCAUGCCUUAUUCUCUUUGGCGCUCCGCUUCAUUCGCAUGUCCCAGAAACGUACGUCUUGUCCUACCAUCUUGCCAUGAUUCUUGCCCAGCCACUUAUGAUUGUCUACAGGCUCGACUACGAGAAGUUCUUGUCUCUUUUCCAGCUCGAGUGUAUCUACCGGGCGAUUUUCUCCCAUCCAACGCUUUCCAGCACGUUUUUGGGCAUUUUGGGCACAUGGCUCGGCGUCAUUCCGAUUCCUUUGGACUGGGACAGACCGUGGCAGCAGUGGCCCAUCACGCUUUUGGUCGGAGGGUACGUUGGCGCUUUCCUUGGUGCGUUAUUGGCAUUGUUUGUUCAUUAA